AAUGCAUUAUUUAUUAGUCAUGAAUACUGUCAUUUAUUUCAAGUUCUUUUUAAUGUAAGAAAGGAACCCUAGCAUCUCUUUUUAAUAUUAUGCUUAUAUCAUAGUGAGGUUAUUUAAAAUUAAAUUUAGUUUUUAAUUUUUUUAGUACUUAUAGAAAGUUUGAUUAUUAUCACGUUUUUUUAAAAAAAAUUUUCCAUGUUAUUAAAAGCUUAUAUUUAUUCUUGCCAAAAGAUUAAUAGUUUAUAUGCUACUAACUUUUUUAGUAAUUAAUUUGUUUUCCCAAAUUUUAUAUAAUUCCAAAACGUCAUUUUCGUAUGAAUAAACUGAAUUGUGCCGAGUUAGAUGACAAAGAAAAAAGAAAAAAGAAAAAAGAAAAGUUACGACAUAAAGAGGGGAAAAUCGUUAUGUCACUGUGUAGUACAACAAAUUCAGGAUAGUGGCGCGCUUCAUCUCAUUCUUGACGGAGAAAGUUUACGCAAUCACACCCUUCUCACGCUGGUAACGGCGGAAGGAGCAGCGGAUCCGGAUUGCCGCUAACCUAUGGCGAAUUUGCUAUUGGAGGCAGUAGUUUCGGUUUUGUGAGUGGUCCGAGUUGCAGGUUUAGAUAUUGAUAUCGAAGCUCGGCGGCCACAACGAGAGAUGGGGCUGCUGAGUUAUAUUGCACAAUGGAGAGGCAUUAUGAAGGAAGUGGUUGAUCGCACAGCGAUUACAGUGAAGUUCCUCUGCCUCCUCCACGUUACCGACAACUAUCUUUGCUCCCCUAGUCACGUAGACUCCCUCAAUAUGUGCACGGGCCUAGUAUGCUCCCCACGAUGAAUCUCACUGGAGACGUGAUUCUCGCCGAGCAUGUGUCUCCUCGACUGGGGAAGCUUGGGCCUGGAGAUUUGGUGCUCAUUCGCUCUCCCUUAAACCCCAAUCGGACUUUGACCAAGCGCAUUGUGGGCUUGGAAGGGGAUAGGAUCACUUACUUCGAUCCCAGGCAUGGUGAUUUGCCUCUAAAUGCUGUGGUGCCAGUGGGGCAUGUUUGGAUUCAGGGGGAUAACAUCUAUGCCUCCCGUGAUUCACGGCAUUUUGGUCCUAUUCCAUAUGGUCUUAUAGAAGGAAGAGUGUUUUUUAGGGGGCAUGAAUCUUACGCUAAUCAUUUUUUUCAAUACUUCUAUGGUGUUAUCAGGUUUGGCCACCUCAUAGUUUUGGACCGCUGGAUUAUUAAAUGUGUUGAAGAUAAUAAGGAAUUGUUAGUAGCUAAACUCUUGCUCUGCAAUAUUCUAACAGAGCUUGGGUGUUGAUUCAGUGACUGCAUUUGGAAACGGAAAUUGAACAGGGGGGAACACAUGAAGGAGUGGAGCCUGCCUUUCUGUUGGCAGCAGUGGUUGCAUGUUUUGGAGUCUUGCAACUAAACUUGGAGAACGAACUAACGAACAAUUUUAUGCUGAACUGCUGAAUCAAUACCUUGCGUUAUAACCAUUAAUGUUCCUUUUAGAGUGUAAGCUUCAUUUGUUUCCGUUGGACCCAGUCAAAAUUACGCACAUAAACAUUAAUGUGUCAUCUGGUAUUGAUACACUGAAAUGGCUGUUAGCAUAGAAUAUUUGCAAUUUUGUAAUUUGUAAAGGAUGAGUUUACUUUGACAAUAUGUUUCAACCUCUAAACUCGUUCAUUUUUA